AAAAGUUUGUGUAAGAAUCAUUCAUAUCUCUCUCUCUCUCUCCUCUGAUUGGGCAAUAAGACACAUUCAAAGCCAAUCUAUAUCUACCUAUUCCAAUUCCGUACAUACUCUUCUUAUUCCUUUGCAUAAUCUUUCUUCUUCGUCGGUUGUGUGCACCGUCAACUUUGAGCUUCAUUCUCUGAUCGUGUUUGAACGAUUGGUAGCUUUUGAUAAGAACAAUGAGUUAUUCUGCAGCCGGUAGCUCAGGUAAAAGGAGACUAAGUGAUCUUUUAACUCAAUCUGAUAACCGAGUCUGCGCUGAUUGUAGCGCUCCGGAUCCUAAGUGGGCGUCAGCAAACAUCGGAGUGUUCAUAUGCUUGAAAUGUUGCGGUGUGCACAGAAGCCUUGGUACUCAUAUCUCAAAGGUCUUAUCUGUGACAUUGGAUGAAUGGUCGGAAGAUGAAGUGGAUUCAAUGAUUGAAAUUGGAGGAAAUGCCUCUGCAAAUUCAGUUUACGAGGCAUUUAUACCUGAUGGUUGCUCUAAGCCUGGACCUGAUGCUAGUCCUGACCAACGUAUGCAGUUUAUCAGGUCAAAAUAUGAACACCAAGAGUUUCUAAAACCAAGCUUGAGGAUCACAUCCGUGAAGGGCUCAAAUUCAUCAUCAUCACAACAGCCGCAUCUUGAAGGCAUGGUUGAGUUUAUUGGAUUGUUGAAGGUGACUCUUAAGAAAGGAACCAAUCUAGCUGUCAGAGAUAUGAGGACAAGCGAUUCUUAUGUUGUGUUGACUCUCGGACAACAGACCGCAAAAUCAACUGUAAUGAAGGGCAACUUAAACCCGGUUUGGAACGAGGAACUCAUGCUCUCUGUUCCUCACAACUAUGGCUCAGUAAAGUUGCAAGUGUUUGAUUAUGACGCACUCUCUGCUGAUGACAUAAUGGGAGAAGCUGGGAUUGAUAUCCAACCUCUGAUUACAUCUGCAAUGGCCUUAGGAGACCCUGAAAUGUUUGGAGAUAUGCAGAUUGGUAAAUGGCUUAAAUCGCGCGACAAUGCUCUUAUUGAGGACAGCAUCAUCAACAUUGCAGAUGGGAAAGUGAAACAAGAGGUUCAUAUCAAGCUUCAGAAUGUUGAGUCUGGUGAAAUAGAACUGGAACUUGAGUGGCUUCGUCUUGACCAAUAAAUGUAACAAACUCUGUGUGUUUGAGUCAUUGCUUUUUGUGCACAAACAAAGUGAAAUCUUCAUUUAAAACCUAAGAUAAGACGUUUGUAUGAUGCUAAAUCAGGUUUCAACCCCAACUUCAACAUUUCAUCAUGA